AGCUUUAGAAUAGGGAAGAGUCUGAGAAGCAUCAAAGGCCGCGCAGAGGCAACGUGGGAACACCACGGCAGCCAACUAGCACAGCCACCAAAUCAAUUCCAGCCUUUUGCCAGUCUCCAAUUCCGCUUCACAGCCGCAAUUGGGCCACGUACGCCCACGAGAUCUCCUUUCGCCCCGCCUCCAUACUCCCCACAUACGGGUCGAAUACGUAUGACAUAUACGCUUGAGCAUUUUUGCUGACGAGUUAGUAAGAGAAACAAAGCGUAUGUUGGGGUUUACAUGGCGAUGGUGAAGCUGGUGUGUGUUUUGGAUAGUGUAGGUUUGGCUCCCAGUGUCCGCUGCAGUGUCCGCUCUCGUCAUCUUGUCCUGUUUUCUCACGCGCCCUCGUGGAGCUGCGAGAGAGAUGGAGUUUUGUGAGUUCUCGGGCUCGUGAGGGUUUCAUAGAGUUACCAGUAUAGAGAGUGGUGGCGAGUGUUCGGCAUAUUCAUAUGCCGCCACCUGCUCAUAUUCUGUUCGCUGCCGCCGAGCCGGUUCGCACAGGAGACUCUCCGUGAGCCCGUUGGCGUUGUCUGGGUUGUGAGUCAGUUUUGGGAGUUCGAGAGUGUUAGACACUUGUGGCUUUUUAUGGACGAAUGGUGUAGACGGGUGUGGUCAGUGUCGUGGAGGGGGGUAGUGCUGGUGAGGGAGGCAGGAGGCGGGAGGUGGGCGCUCCGGGCGACGCAGUGGGUGGGGUUGCGGUUUUAUGACGGUUUUGGGCGUGCACCGGGUGCUGUGGUGGGAAGUCUGGAGGCUGCGGCGCGGGUUGUUGUAGGUGGCUGUUUUAAGGCGCACUCUGUGGGGAGCCUCAAUCGGGGUGUGCUUAUGAGCGCACCUCAGAGGUAGGGUACAUGUGUGCUGGAGGAAUUGCCCGAGUGUAGGCAUAGGGGACUGAGUAGUUUACCAAGUGAUCACCGCUUUAGCUUUCUGCACGAUGAUUACGUAGUAAAUCCGUCGAUACUUCAACAUUGGGUGCUGCUCAGAUGUUAACAAACGAAGUUCGCUCCUGCAUCAUAUGUCGUGAUGAAUAGAGACGGUUGCGUGGAUGUUAUCAUAAAGCGAUGAGACGUAAGAACUGAUACCGGCAGAUCAAGGAGGGUGUAUGCUGGUAAUGCAAACAGGUAUCCCCAUGUUUCCCUCAAAGACAGACCACAUAAUGUCAAGAUACCGGCCCAUAGCUCCAAAACCUACGCCCAAGUCUGAGGGUACCGAUCACACUGACUCUCAUUCGCUGUCCUCCCUGUCGACUGAUAAAAACAAAUCGGCUAGCAAGCGGAGGAGUAAGCGCCCACCAGAUGCGUCGAAGUCCCCUCGCACUGCAAAGAAAACUCGGCACAACGGGAUGAGCUCGGGAUCAUUCCCUGGGAAGAGUGGAGGAGCGGAAGGAAACUUGGAAUUUCAGCCACCGAGCUUCAAUCUCACGCCGAUUUUCAGUGAUCGAGUCGCGCCAGUAUUUGGUCCCGGAGGAUUGCAGCGUUUCAAAGAUAGCUUCGAUCAUACACAGAGUGGAGUUUCGGUAUCGUUGUCUCUGUCAGCGAAAUCUCCACCUUGUGACUCGUACUACGAGCAACCAAUCAACCUCAACAAUCUUAAUAACACCACCCUGAGGUGCAGUAAGGAUGGCUUGAGCUUCAAUGUUGGCACUUCUCAUGCUGUCCCACUUGAGAAGGAUUUGGGAUUCAUGGGGCGAGCUGCAGACGCUCGUGAAGGAUAUGGAACGGGCAACUCAACAUCCCUGUACUCCGUGGAGCAUUCCAAUAUUUGUGUGCGAAAGGAGCCCUUGUUUGGUUGUCUAUCCCAUUCCACCAGCUUCGGUGCAGACAGCGAGGUCUGCUCAGCGGAGGACGCCCCUGAAAGCCAGAAAGCGAAUAUUGUAACCCUAUCCCUUCUUCCUGAUACUCCUUCUCACAUGAACACGCGCUCCACGUCCUCUAGCUCGACCCUCUCUCUCCUACGUUCUGAUGUGCGAUGGACUUCCGGGAAGGAAGUCACCUCGAGCAGUGAUCUGAACACUAGUUUGACCAUGUCGAGCAAAGCACGGUGGUCUGAGGAAGACACGAACACGAGCCUAGGGAUGACCCCUCCGGAUAGCCUCGCCCCUCCGGCAGCUCGCAUGUUUUUGGACCGGGCGGCUAAACCAUCCCAAGUAGACGGCGGAAUGCGUGUCGUGGAUUCACAUUACUUAGAACAGCGGCACGGUGGAUCUUCCGAGGCGGUGAUGCUCACUGAUAAAGACGGCGCGGUCUUGUGGGUGAAUUCGGCGUUCAAGAGAUUGUCCAACGAAAGGACAAGCAGCAGCCGAAUGCAGGCAAUUGGACCACAUAUUGACCCAUUGGGAAUUCGCACCCAGUUAGCAGUUUUCACAUUCCAGCCGCCGUUUCCAGCGUCCAAGUGCAAGGCAGUACUAUGGGGGUUUUUGAAGAAGUUCAUUAUACCUGAAGGCGGUAAUCACGCACCAUCCAAUAAUUCUGAGGGACUAGCCAACGUGAUCGCUCCACAACCCGUGAGAGCUGUUGGAUCGACCAUCACCGUGCAAACUAUUGUCUCGCUUGAUCGGCACUCUGUCCCCCUGACGGAGCCAUUUCAGGAUGUUCAGGAACGACUGGACAAAGCGGACAAGCCGUCUGUUGUCACAGAUUCUAGAUUUCGUGUCAAGUGGGUGAAUACUGCGUACAAGAGGCUGGUGGGGCAACCCAAACUUUUCUGGUUAGCAUCCACAGGUAGCAGCAGCGAGGAUCACGAAGACUCGCCGGCCGCACUCCGACUCGCAGGUGACGUGUCGCUCAUUUGCGAUGGUACACAACUGCCAGACGGAAUUGCUGCUUUCACAUGUCGGGUAGGGAUUCAGUGGAGCCACCAAGGCGAGCACAGCGCCAUGUCUGUUCCGUCCGAAGUUUUCAGGUUGGAGGAUGGAGCCAUUGAUAGUAUGUAUGUUUGGGGGUUUGAUGUGUAUGAUGCAGGAGUGAAAAAUGUUCUCCAGAUCGAAGAUACAAGUCUCUACUGUUAAUAUAUUCUUCCGGGACCUGUUCCUUCCCAUUAUUUUAUAGUCUAGGGGCCGAAUUUGGCUUAAAGAUGGACAUGAUACUGAGCCCAUGAGUCUGUUCCCACGAGCUGUUUUCUCCAUCCAGGCAGUGAUUGGGAGCUUCUGUUGUAUCCUUCAAAUUAGAUGAUCGGUGAAAACCCUCAAAUUCUAUUGGUCUCUCACCAAGCUGUUAAGGCACUGCUCAAAGCUGCUGAUGUGUAGUGUAAGUUGUAUACUCGAGCGGCUCAGAUGCUUACCUGGGUGCCAUGGGCACUGGUCCUUAAAUAAAUGGAUCUUUCUGCUUUCUC